GGGCGUGUUUAACGGGACUUGUGAACCAGAAGAGAAGACAAGACUCAAAACUUCUCUCAAACUGUUCAAAUAAAAACUCGAUUUUUAUUUUUUUGUUGCUGUGAUCUUUCAAAGUAGAAUCAUCAACAAACCAUGGCAAUGUUUGAUCUUUCGUCGAAAUCGUUCGAUACCCAUUUAAAUUUCCCCAGAACUUUCGAUGAUCAUCCAGAUUCCGGCGUCUGUUCGCCUCCUCUGUGGAGAACUAGUCCACCCAAUAGUCCUCCUGCUCGCCGGCACAACAACGAUUACCAGAAUCUCUCUCCUGUUUCCAAGGCUCAAGUCAUCGCUCGUGGUCAACGUGAGCUUAUGGACAUGGUUAGUAAGAUGCCCGAGUCGUGUUACGAGCUUUCCUUGAAGGAUCUCGUUGAGGUUAACACGGAGGAAGACAAGGAGGGGAAGGUGUUCGAUGAUAUGCCUCAGAGAAUCAUAAGGCCGAGCAAAGUUGUGAGGAAGACGAAGAGUGAUAGAUGGAUCGAUCCUGUUCGAAACGGGGAUGUGAAAAACAGUGGGUUUCUUCUGAAAAUGGUGUUCCCUGUUAGCUUGGGUGCUAAGAAAAAGACGAAGAAGAAAGAUGAUGAUGAUUCCUCUGUGACAAGUAAAGGCUCUCGGAUUUCUCCAAGACCUUCGAUCUCUGAUUCGUCGACGAAACCAGAGGAUAAAGAUUGGUGGAAGAACGGAUUGUCGGAAUCGCGUAGGAGUCAAAGCUGUGUCUCAAGGAUCAACAGUGGGAGCUCAAAGAGCAGUGGUGGUAGUAGCAGUAGAAGCAACAGCGAUCGAAGUCGAAACAGUCUAAGAGAUGAAAACAGGGGAUGCUUAUCUUUCCUAUGGAAUGUACAUGUACGAGAUUUAAAAUGAUAAGUUGUUCAAUGGUUAUACAUUUCUUUCGCUAAGAAGACUAACCGGUUCAUAUGACCUCAAGCCACACAUUAAGUGGAGUCCACAAAUCCGUGGACGAAUGAAUCGGGGAAUGAUGAAGAUGAAACCAGAGGAUAUGAACAUCUUCAUCAAUGUACCACAAAGAUUCUAUAUUUUCCUUUACUUGUAGUUAUCCUAUAUUUCUGAGCGUUUUUUGUUUGUUUGUAAGUCUAUGCAAUGUACGUAUUGAGUUUCUGAUAAUGUUAUGUAGAUAGAGAUUCUUCAGCUUUUGCUAACAUAAAAAACCAUUAAAAAUGUACCAAUGCUCUCUCCUCAAUAAAUAUAAAAAAAUUAUGUA